AGCACUACAGCGAGCGCGCGCCGCCGUGUCGACUCUUGAUAACGACUAACGAGUGCCGACCGAUUACGAUUUUAUAUUUGUGUUCCCCGCCGAUGUAGACAUUGUGUGUCAACCUUCCAUUGUGAGUUUGUAACUCGUUAUUAUUCGUUUACGGCACCGUCGCUCGAGUACCAGUUGGAUUUUUCUUUCUUCGGAUCGUUUUGUUCAUCACAGGUACGACUUGCAUCGUUUUCCAAAUGCAUUAAUAUAACGUUGAACACGUUUUGUUUCAGUCUCUGUCUUGAGUCUUCAACGACAUCGUUCGUAGCACCCAUCUCCACAUUUGUGUCCGCACACCAAAAACAUGUUCAAACUCUCGCUGCUCUGUGUGGCAGUCGCUCUCUUUGUGGCCACCCAAGAGGCGCAAGGAAAAAUGACAUGUAAACUGCCUCAGGUCCAAAUUCCAGACGAUUGGAUUUCCAUGGUCGACCCAUGUACAAAAAAAAUGAAAGAACAAGUCCAGGAAGAACUCACUGCAGCAAUGACAUACUUUGCAAUGGGAGCACAUUUCUCUAAGGACACAGUGAAUCGUCCAGGAUUUGCAAAAAUAUUCUUUGAUAGUGCUAGCGAAGAACGUGACCAUGCUAUUAAAAUUAUCGGAUAUUUGUUGAUGAGAGGAGGUUUGACCAAAGAUAUCAGUCAGUUAAUCCGUGACCCUCAACCUUUGUCUGAAUCAUGGGCUGAUGGUUUAAGUGCAUUGAAGGAUGCUUUAAAAUUGGAAUCUCAUGUCACUCGUAAAAUAAGAGAUAUUGCCAAAACAUGUGAGGAACCUGGACGUGAUGGACAAGAUUUCAACGACUAUCAUUUAGUUGAUUGGUUGGUUGGAGAUUUCUUGACUGAACAAUAUGAAGGUCAACGUGACUUAGCUGGUAAAAUAUCCAAUCUUGAUAAGAUGUUGGAAGCACAUGGAGCUCUUGGUGAGUUCCUCUUUGACAAGAAACUUUUGAGUGGAGUUUCAGUUUAAUAUACAUUUUUAUGAACAAAAUAAUGAACUACCCUUAAUUAUGAACAUUACUCAAACAUUUUUUUUUUUUAAUGUAAUUAUCUAAAAUGAUUACUACUCAUAGAUAAAAUUAACCAACUAUGGUAUUUUAGCAUAGUAAAUGGUAAAAUACAAUUUUAUUAUAUUUUUCACAAACAUAAAUUAAAAAUAUAUAUAUAUUUAUUGCUA